UGAACAUUGCAAGGAAAAGAAAAUGUGGAGCUUUAUUCUACUCAUUUAUUCGGUGCCCGCUUCAUUAUCAGCUGUGGGGUCAAAGGAGAAAGUAACAGGAAUUGUGGGAAGAUCAAUCACAAUAAAUUGUAACUACAACGCACGGUUCAAGGACAACAUGAAAUACUGGUGUCAUGGUUGGACUGUGCACUGCUCAUACUUGGUGAGAACGACCGAUCCAGGUGGACAGCGAGGGAGAAUGUCAAUCAAAGAUUACAAGACACAAGGAGUAUUUGUUGUUACCAUGGAGGGUCUUCGUACGGAAGAUGCAGGAUGGUACAGCUGUGGUAUUAAUAGACGAAUUAAAGAUGAAUUAUAUGCUGUGAAGCUCGAAGUAUUUUAUGAUCCUGUGUCUCUUCCUCUCAUUCGAUUUUUAUCACCAUCAAAUAUCUCAUGUUUUGAACAUUCAGUUUCUAUCUCCUGUGAGUCUGCCCGUGGAUCCCUUCCCAUUCGAUACACAUGGUAUGAAAAGACCACGUCUGAAGAUUCAAUGAUUUCUGAGAAUAAUAAACUGGAUCUACAUUGUCAAUUAUUCAAACUGCAACAUCAUCGAUAUUACUGCACAGCAUCAAAUACUCAGGGAAGAAAAUCCAGUGAAAUGGUUAAAGUGUCAGUCAUCCACAGAUCAGAGAGCAACUGCAGUUAUUUGGCACAAAUUGGGAGACAUGGUUCAACUGUAGUGCAAGCAAAAAAUAAAGUAACAGGAGCUUUGGGAAGAGCUAUCACAAUAGAUUGUCUCUAUGACAAAUGGUCACAAUUGUAUGUGAAAUUUUGGAGUCGCCAGUGCUCUGUUUUAAUAAAAUCAAAUGACCAUCAUGGACAGCGAGGAAGAAUAUCGAUCAUCGAUAACAAGACACAAAAUAUGUUUUCUGUUACAAUGGAGGAUCUUCGCUCAGAAGAUGCAGGAUGGUACAGCUGUGGUGUUGAACAAUCUGGCCACAUUUCAGUGUCUACUGAAAUUGAGCUACAAGUAUCUCACGGUACAUUUCUCAGUGGUAUCGUUGAUUAUUCUCUAUUGAGAUGUUUUAUCGAUGUUUUAUUUGUGAGAGAACAUGACAGUUCCAUUAUCCUGAUGCCCGAUCGCAAUGAAGGGGUUUCCAGUGGGAGGGCAGUUUCAGGUGCCAUAUUAACUGGACCAGCUGUCAUAAAUGGAUCAGUGGGACAAUCAGUUACUAUCAGGUGUAAAUACAACAAAUAUUACAGAACUUCUCCAAAGUACUGGUGCAAAGGUGACAACAGGGAAGACUGUGUAAUUCUAAUCGAAACCCAAGGCCCGAGGAAGACAAAUUCUGGAGGAAGAAUAAUCAUAGCAGUCGACGAUGACGCAGGAGAAUUUUUUGUCACGAUGGAACGCUUAACAAAAAAUGACCAAGGGUUGUACUGGUGUGGAAUUUCAAGGUUUUUGUGGGACCUGUUAAGUCCUGUGGAACUUAAUGUUGCUGAAGGUACCAAGAUACCUCUUGCAGGUUCGCCUUCAGAGGAGGAAAUUCUGAGGCAAAAUUCUCUGUACUAUUUUAUAUGGAGCAUUUUACGUUGGGUAUUCUUUGCCAUUCUUCUCAUCUGGACCAUUUUAAUCAAAUUGAAAAUAUAGUUGAUGAAAUAUUGGACAAUAGGAUCUGUGACUUUAGCUGACCGUGUCGUCAGCAUCUUCAGUGCACCUUGGAAUAUCCAGUCAAUCAAACAGCAAAACCAUCUCCAUCAUUCGCCAUGUGUAGAGCAUGGACUGACUGAGAAAUAUUAUGCAAUAACACUGCAAUGUUCUUCCAAAGUCAUUCAUUCUCUUUAAGGGUCAAGAUGACCCAAUGUAGGGUAAACACUGCAAAUAGGUCCCUUGCCGUAUAAUUUGAAACCAUCAACAAGGUUAGACUAACCCUCAGUGUUAGAGGAGAGCUGAAUAGUUCCAAUGAAGCCAGAAGAUGGGAUGUUGAAAAAUAUUUGGAAUUACUCAAUUUGUGGGGAAUUUCUCUUUGCAGCCAUUCAGUGGCAGUGAUUCAUUUGAGUGAUGCAUAUCUGCAUCAGUGCCUGAACCACAACUCCCUGUUUCAAUUUCCAUUAAUGGAUGGAUGUGUGAGCACUCACACUAACUGCAAUUUUCAUCUUAUAAAUUUAAAUGGAUGCCACAAUAACUACUAUUAGCUUGUACACAAUAAAGACUUUUAGAUUAACAAUAGAUGUUUGCCAAAGCAUCAAAUCAUCAUCCCAUAGUGUUGAUAACUGAAAUGCCUAUUUUCCAUUUAAUACAUUUGUACCUGCAAUGUAUAUUAUGGACUGGAAAUUUUUCUGGGGUUCUCUUGAGUUUUUGUCCCAUUGUCCUGUCAAAGUUAUGCCAGAAACUUGGGAGAACCACCAUGGAAUUCCAUGAAAUAUUUACCUGGCAACUUUUCUUUAUUCAUUCACAAGAUAUGGGCAUCACUGGCUAAAUCAGAAUUAAUUGCCCAUCCCUAAUUG